GCCUGCUCUGCUCUUCUUAUCGAGGGAAGAAGAUGCUGAGAAAGAAACCAAGCAAGAUUGAAGUCAAGAUAGAAGACAGAGAAGAACUCGAAGAAGUCCGCAGCCGUGCCGCCUCCGCCGCAGCCGCCUCUUCUUCCUCUACAUCCUCUCUUCUCCACCUCCUCGAUCGAACCCAACAGAACCCUUCCUCUAAAUCCCAUCGAAUUGGUCUUCCCCCGUCAUAAAAUAGCAUCGCACAGCCUCCGUCCGUAGAUAUGGAGGUGGAGGUGAAGUUGCGGCUCCCCGAAGCCGAUACUUACAAACGCCUGACGAAGCUACUCUCACCGUUCCACAUCAAGACCCUGAACCAAGAGAACAACUUUUUCGACACUGCCUCUGGCGCUCUCGCCUCCCAACGCGCCGUUCUCCGCCUCCGAUUCCUGGACAACGAUUCUCGCUGCAUUAUAUCCCUCAAGGCAAAGCCGGUGUUGAUCGACGGCGUCAGUCGCGUUGAGGAGGACGAGGAGGAGAUCGAGGCGUCUGUUGGACGCAGCUGCGUUGUGGAACCGCUGAGACUGAAUACGAUUGAAUCGAGGAUCUUGAGGAGGUGUAAGGAGGAGUUUGGGAUUCUGGAGGGAGACGGGUUUGUGGGUUUGGGGGGUUUUGAGAAUUUGAGGGAGGUGUUUGAUUGGAAGGGGUUGAAGCUGGAGGUGGAUGAGACCAAGUAUGUGUUUGGUACUUGCUAUGAGGUGGAAUGUGAGAGUGAGGAUCCUGAAGGGGUCAAGAAAGUGCUGGAGGGGUUCUUGAAUGAGUAUGGGAUCCAGUAUUCUUACUCGGAGAUGUCCAAGUUUGCGGUUUUCCGAUCUGGGAAGCUUCCGUAGUCUAUGCAAAGUAGGCGUAUUGCAGUGGAGAUAAUGCUUGCGCUAAAGUCCAAUUCUGAAGAGACUAGGAAUACCUUUCCUCUGAAAUAUCUCAAGGCAAUCUUCUUAUAAACUCUGAUGGCAAGUAACCAACUGUUUCCCUCAUGUAUAACUCUUGUUUUGCAACGUCAAGUAGCAAGUGAACCUAAUAUUUGAUAUGAAUUUCUGACAGCUAUAAUAUGUAUGCAUGUUUGCUCAA